UUCAACCUGAUUUAAUCAAACUAUAAUGUAAUCAGGAUCAAACCAACCCGCGAACUAACUGAUUCUUGAUCAAUUAGUUCAACUGGCCGGUUAAGUCCGAUUUUUCAAAUAUUAGACUUGACACUAAUACACUAUGCUUUCCUAUCUACAAUCCAGUAUCAUCCAAACAAAAACACUAGAAUAUUCAAAUAAUUGAGCAGAAUUUUGCAUUGAUACUAGAGAGAAAGGGAUGAACAUGAAGCCACUCAAGAAACUCCAUCUUAUUCAAUUCUUACUCCUAUUCAAUCUCAUAUUAGGUUCAUCUACACCUCACCAUAAUCACACAAACAACUGUGAGAAUAUCAAAACUCAACCACCUUUCUUGACUUCAAAUUCUUCUAUAUCUUCUCAAUUAAGGAUAACUGUUAACGUUCCAACUCAUGCACCAGAAUUUUGCAAAGGCUGUGAAAAUCCUAAUGGAAACUGUAAUGCUGGCUUGAAGUGUUUGUGUCAUCCAAAAGAAUGCAAAGAUAAGGUCAUCUCCAAGGUUGGAUCCAUAAAUUCUACUGGUAGUUUGUUUUUCUCUUUGCUUUCUUUCAUUUGUACAGUAGCCUUCCUCAUCAUGUAUGUCUAAGUCUAACAAGCUUAUCCAAGGACUGAAUUAUUUUUAGUAAUGUUUUAAAUCGCGAUAAAGAAACGGAUGAUGCAGUCUCGUUCAAGAUCAUGUUAUGGCCUAAAUCACUGAUGCAGACCCUUUUUUAAAUUAUUAGGUUAUGUAAUAAUUUGUACCUAUGUUAUUUGCUGUAUGUAUGCAUCUAAUAUCUAUAGUUGUUGAAUCUCAAUUUUGGGAUAUAUAUAACUAGCACAAAACAGUGAUUAUCUAUAUUUCGUAGUUAUAAAUCGCGGUCCAUGACUGUAAUACCAGAUGCGUCGAUUGCAUUUCUCCGUAAUAAAAGAGUUCAAUAUGUAUGGCACAAAACGGCAAACCAAACACACUGCCCAAAAUAUAUGGUUUCUUCUAUAUUGAA